AUGGCGCCCAGGGCUGCGCACGAGCUGCCGCCGCUCCCCUUCCCCAUCGAAACCUUCGAGUUCCACUGGGGCAAGCACCACAGGGCAUAUGUCACCAACAUGAACAACCAAAUCCAGGGCUCUGACCUGGAGAAGCUGAGCCUAGAGGAGCUCAUCCACAAGUCCUGGAACAAUGGGGAGCCCACUCCCGUGUUCAACAAUGCCGCCCAGACCCUGAACCACACCUUCUUCUGGGAGUCCCUCUCCCCCAAUGGCGGAGGUGAGCCGUCUGGCAAGCUGGCGGAGGCCAUCAAGAAGGAGUUUGGCAGCCUGGACAAGUUCAAGGAGGAGUUUGGGGCCGCCGGCGCCACCCAGUUCGGGAGCGGCUGGGCGUGGCUGGUGGAGGCUGGCGGGAAGCUGGCCAUCCGCAAGACGCCCAACGCCGUCAACCCCAUCGUGAACGGCGAGAAGCCGUUGCUGACCCUGGACGUCUGGGAGCACGCCUACUACCUGGACUUCCAGAACCGCAGGCCUGACUUCAUCAAGAACUUCUGGAACCUGGUCAACUGGGACAAGGUGCGUCUGGGGUGA